CGCGGCGCGGGGCCGGAGGCGCUCGGACACUCGCGGCUCCGCUCGCCCGGCCCGCCCACGGCACCGGCACCGGCACCGGCACCGGGCCCGGAGAACCGCGAAGGCGGCCCCGGCAGCCAACCCCGCACAGCCCGCGGGGGAAACAGCCGACACGGCGAGCCCGUGUUCAUCGCAUGAAGGUGCUGAAGGACAACCUGCAAAGAGGAUGAAAUGCGAAGAAAGCAGUCUAAAAUCAGAGAUAGAGGGAGUCAUGUGUGAAAGUGAAAACCUUGCUGCACUGGGGGAAACACCCAAAACAUCUGAUGGGGAUGGAGGUGUAGAAGAUCCAGGAGACAGCAGUAUAAUCCAACAGGAAAAAGAUGAAAGCAUUCUAGAGACUGAUGAAGGGAAGCAGGAAAAGGAGCCUGGUGUUUCUCUGGAGCCACACACAGUGAAACCCAGUGAUGCUCCAUUAAAAAUGGGGGGGUAUCUGCACCACUAUCACGUGUUCAGUGAAGAGGAGAGCAGCUGUGGGAGCUUCGAUGGGGCCACCUCGGAGGACGCAGAUCGCCCGCGGAGGCCGAUGUUCCUGGAGCACAGCAGCGGCCUCUCAGAUGAGGACAGCAACCAGCCCAUGCCAGUGCACCGGUUCUUUGGAGAUGUUGAGCUGCAUCUCCCAGCAGUUGUGCUCCCGAGUGUGACGAGGAGCAGGCGAGAAGCCAGGAAGCUCCAUUUCAUUGCAAAGGAAGAUGAUGAGGAGGAGGAAGAAGAAGAAGAGGAUGUUGUCUAACAACAAACUGUAAACAAAUGAAACCAUUCUUUUCUUUGCAACCACAUGGCAAUGGCUGUGUCAGUAACAUGAGGUCCUUUUCUCAGGGAGAGAACUGGGAGAGUUUGUUUUGCUGGAAUUGGAAGAUACAGUAUUCCAGUGAUUAUGUGGGGCAAAUACUGAAUUUUCAGUGAUUUGGAAAUAAAGUAUAAUUUAGCACUUUACCACUGAUAUUUAGAAAAAAAAAAAACAGGGAAAAUAGAAGUUCAUAUUGUUUCUUUGUAAAUUUGAGCCUCUGUCUUGAAGUAUUUGAUUUCAUUCAAUUUUUUUUAUAAAAUGGUCAAGAAAAGGAUGCUAGGGCAAGGUUCUUUUUCAUUCUGUGAUGUCCCUGGCAUCCAGGUAAUAAAGGAGAAAACUGACUCCCUGGUACAAAGAAGGUCAAGGGUCUCCCUUGUGUGGGUUGUUUACACCUAACCCAGGACCAAUUAAACCUCUAAAAUGCAGUUCUACUGGCAAAAUGAAAUGCAGGAUGUCAGAGUGAGUUCAGUGUGCUCAUCUUUGGGAGUUCAGCACAUUUCCAUUGCACAUCAGCUCCCCAAACACCCACCCCAUGGUGCUGCCUCCUCCCUCCACCUGCUGCUCCAAGUUGUCCUUUAUUGAUCUUCAGCUUGUUUCCAGCAGGGAUUUUGGAAACAAAUGCUUUGGUGGUGAUACACAAGGAAUACCAUCCCUUGGAUUUGAUGGACAGAGGAAGAUUGCUAAGGCUGUGGGGCAGCCCCCUCUGCAUGUUUAAAAAAAAAGGAGCAACCUCAGCCACUUCUAGGAACUGUUAAUUCACCCAGUGUUUGUGGGAAUAUUUCUUUGAAAGUGUGAUUAUGCAAUAAGUUUCUAGAUAUUUAUUGUUAUAACUCCUUCUAUGUUUCUAAAAAUAGAGAGAAAAUGUUAUCAGCAGAUGGUUUA